AUGAAUUUGGCACAAAGAGCAUUUACUAAACUUAUUGACCCCUUCUUCCAAAUAAUUCCAGCUAUUGCUGAAGAUGAAUUCGCUUUAACUUUAACAAUCCUUUGUGCAACUGGAGUAUCUGAUCUCUCUUCACAUGCUCGUGUACUGCUCCAAAAUGAAUGCGAAUUUUAUGCCAAAAAGCUUUUAAAUCUUUGUCAAGUCCGGUUUGGCGAUGUGAAGGGUGCUUGCCGUUAUGCUGAAUUUAUGCAUUUAAUUGAAACUGCAUUCACGUUUGACAGAAAUUUCGAAUUGUACGUUACUUAUGUAUCAACUUUUUACAUUCAAAAAAGCAUUGAUAUCUACAUUCCCGAAUAUUUGUUAAAAUUAUUAUUCUAAUUUUGAAGCAAUCAAGCAAAAAUCCACUUUGAUUACUUGAAAGGAAACUUUGUGAUUUUUCGCCAAUAAUCAAAACAUUUCAGUUGAACCCUACGUAUUCUCCACUUUCUUUUAUAACCUCUCUAGCGAAAGUUCAGAAAAAUAAUUUACCCUCACUCGAAUGCCCUACCACACGUUUAAAUUUC